CGGUGUCAGUCCGGGGGAGCGGAGAGGAGAGGAGGAGCGCGAGCUGGAGGAGCUUUCCAUCGACACCAGCAGUUUACACAUGAAGCUUUGCUGGCUUUGAAGUUUGACGUGAGAAGCAACAACCCACGAGGGCGGUGAUUUUCCUCCCGACCCGAUGAGAACCCGGCGCGCGCUGUCAGCCAGGGGCGGAGGAUCCAAAGUUGUUGGAGGAUACGGACCAACCUGCGCAGGCGUGGAGGUAGUCCUACAUCAUCUGUGUGUUGUUCCCCCUCUGAACCUGGGAGUGGCGAUGGUCCACUGGACCACAGUGUGGGGGACAUGCAUCCGGCUCCAGACUCUGCUGGCCUUUGCCUUGGCCAACUGUCCCUCACAGACCCCCAGCCCGGUCAACUUCUCCGUCGUUUACACCAUGCCUUUCUUUCAGGCACAGGGACCCAUUCAGAACAUAGUGAACAACUCAAUUUACCAGGAAGUCUACGUGGCCUCGCAGAAUGUCAUCGAAGCCGUCAACAGGAGUCUGGAAAAGGCCUGGGAGCUCCGCACUGGGCCGGUUGGCAGCCCAGAGUGUCGCAUAUGCAACUUAUGUGAUAUCGAUAAGGAUUACAACUUUCUGGAGGAUACGGACAAUCAAGUGUUGGUGCUGGACACUCCUUUUAUGUAUUUAUAUUCCUGUGGAAGCUCUCAGUAUGGUGUUUGCUAUUUUCAUCAGUUGAACUCAAACGGAAAACUACCUUCUCGCUCUAAGUGUCUGUUCAGGAAGAGUGCAAACUCUGCUGCUUAUUGUCCAGACUGUGUGGCGAGCCCUCUGGGUACCAAAAUGUCAAUGGUAGAGGAGGGCCAAGCAGUCUACUUUUUCGUUGCUGCCUCUGUCAAUGAUAGUGUUACCCAGCGUUACGGAAGGAAGUCGAUCUCAGUCCGCAGACCACUGGCCACAGAGGAUGGUUUCUAUAGUGAUGUUCGAGGCCUUACUGUCCUGCCCACCCUCCGGAGGACUUACCACAUUGACUAUGUCUACAGCUUCUUCACUCAGGAGUUUGUCUACUUCCUCUCGGUCCAAAGAGAAAGCCCAGAUCAGGAGUCAUCUCCGUUUCAGACUCGCCUGGGUCGUCUGCCACGGAGCGAGUGGGAGGUGAAGAGGUAUCGCGAACUGAUCCUGGAGUGUCGCUUUGAGCCUAAGCGCAGGAGGAGGCACGUUCGCGAGCCCUACAAGGACGUCGUGUACAACGUGGUCCAGGCAGCCUAUUUUGGCAAGGCCGGCAGGGAGCUGGCAGAGGAACUGGGGGCGGAGGAGGAGGACGACAUCCUCUAUGGGGUGUUUGCUGUGACUGAUGACAAUGGGGUCACAGAGAACGACUCGGCUCUGUGCGCCUUUCCUAUGGACAGCGUGAACAAGGCGAUCGUUGACGGCGUUGAUGAUUGCUGUCAGUCUGGACCAGAGCAACUCUCCAGAGGGCUUUGCCACUUCCAGCCGUGUGAAAGCUGUCCACACGAGAGCAUGGAGAACAACGCCACGUGCAACGACCAUCCCACCAUGGUGUCAAAGCCGUACUACAGGGUGGACCUCUUCAACAGGAAGAUGACCAACGUCCUGCUCACCUCUCUCUUGGUGACGACCAUAGAGAACAAAACCGUUGCUCACAUUGGAACCUCAACUGGACGUCUGCUUCAGCUUGUGUUGACAAGAUCCAGCCCAGACAUCUUUGCCAACUACUCCUUGGUGGAGAAUCAGAGGGUGUCUUCUAUUGCUGCUGUUUACUCCUCGGAGUAUCUACUAUUUGUAGUUGGAGACAAGAUGAUUCAGGUGCCCCAGAGGGGCCCAGGCUGCCAGCACUUCAUGACCUGUGUCACGUGCCUGACGGCCCCGAAGUUCAUGGGCUGCGGUUGGUGCUCUGGAGUGUGUUCGUGGAAGAGUGAGUGCCACAGCCGCUGGAGGAAUGAAUCUUGUCCGCCCGGGAUCAGUGGGUUUUUUCCAAGGACUGCUCCCCCUGAUGGUCAAACGGAGCUUACGGUGUGCGGAUGGGAGUUUCAGUCGCCGCUUCGACCUGCUAUCACCUCCAGGACCCACCAGGUCCGACUGGGACAGACCGCCUGCACUGUGAUUCCAACCAAAUGCAACAACACACAUUUAGUGUGUAAGAUUCGGUCUGGGACCUCUGAGCCGUUCAAGCCGGUCAACAUUACAGUGGACGUGCAUGAGGGCAAGGUGGAGGGCCGUUACUCUAUUGAUGGCAAGGCUGAAGCACCAGGGUUCACGUUUGUGGUUCCAAACAUCACAGAAAUCCAGCCCAACUACGGACCGCGUGUCGGAGGAACGCUCAUCACGAUCACUGGGUUCCACUUAGAUGCUGGAAAGAACAGAAGAGUCACUCUGAAUGAAGUACCCUGCCAUAUGAGAAGGUCCAAAUCGGUAGCCAAUGUUUCGUCCAUCAUCUGCUUGUCCCAGGCCAUCUCGGAGGUGAGGGAUGUCCCGCUGAGCGUUUUCAUCGACAAAUCUCAAGUCCCCAACACAAAGGUGUUUUACUACAAGGAAACGCCAAAGAUCACGAACGUGCUGCCCGACUGCAGCUUUCACAGAGGUUCAAAGAUCGUGAUCGAAGGGGAGAACCUCGACUCGGUUUACCGCACCGUAAUCCGCUUUAAGCCCAACGAGAGCCACCUCAGAGCAGUAAUAACGGAGUGCUUUGGGAAGUCCCUGCCCACCCGGAUGGAAUGCAUCACUCCAGCGUUCCAGAGGGAUGAGAGCGAGGAGGGCCUGCUGUCCUUUGACAUGGACGGCGCUGUGGGCCUUUGGAACAAAGAGUUCUCCUAUCACCCCUAUGGAGAACCCAUUCCUUUUGAAACAGAGGGACAUGUGCUCAGUUUGUAUCCUGGGUUUGACGAAGUGUCCCUUCACCAUAAGAAACUGAACCUGGUGAGCUCCUGCAUGACCAUCGUCAUGACGGUGGCCGAUGUCGACUGCGAUGCCAAAGUCCUGGAUAAUGAGAUAACCUGCAGGAUCCCUAAAAACAUCACCAUUCCCAGCGAGGGACUUCCAGUGAAGAUCUCCAUCAACGGCCAGGUUCAUAAUGUUGGCAUGGUGGUGAGGGUCAACAACCACUACAUGGUGGGGAUAGUUCUGGGAAUCCUGGCGGCUCUGGUGGCCGGGGCUGUGCUGGCCUUUGUUGUGAUGAAACAUUUGAGAAAGAAAAAGAAAGCCUCAAUGAUAGAAGCCCGUUUGUCCCACUCUGCUACUCGCUCUGUGACCAACACUGUGGAACUGUCUCCCACGGGAGACUACAGGAGAGUCGUUUCCCUGAGCCCCCCCACCCCUUUGAUUGGGCCCAUGAUGUUUCGGGGCCUGGCCUACUCCGCCUGCAACAGAGAUCCGACCCUCACCCCUCUCAUGCAGACAGAGAAGAUCUCCAUCUCCAGCUUCAGACCGGAGCUGCUGGAGGAGGUGAAGGACGUUCUCAUUCCUGCUGAGAUGCUGAUAGUGCAGCACCACCGCAUCAUCGGGAAGGGCCAUUUUGGAACUGUCUACCAUGGUUACUUAUCAGACUCCAGCAACAGAGAAACUCACUGCGCUGUCAAGUCUUUGAAUAGAAUAACGGAUGUGGAAGAGGUGGAGCAGUUCCUGAAAGAGGGCAUCAUAAUGAAGGGUUUCCACCACACCAACGUUCUGUCUCUGCUGGGCAUCUUCCUGCCGCAGGAAGGGCUCCCCCUGGUGGUGCUUCCGUAUAUGAAACACGGAGACCUGCGGCACUUCAUACGCUGCGAGAAGAGGAACCCGACCGUAAAGGAUCUCAUCGGAUUCGGGCUGCAGGUCGCCAAGGGGAUGGAGUAUUUGGCAACCAAGAAGUUUGUCCACAGAGAUCUCGCUGCGCGCAACUGCAUGUUGGAUGAGUCGUACACGGUGAAGGUGGCGGACUUUGGCAUGGCCAGAGACGUUUUUGAUAAGGAAUACUACAGCGUACAGGAUCACAGGAAGGCUAAGCUGCCCGUCAAGUGGAUGGCCAUCGAGAGUUUGCAGACGCAGAAGUUCACCACCAAGUCAGACGUGUGGUCCUUUGGUGUUCUGAUGUGGGAAAUGCUGACCAGAGGAGCGAGCCCCUACCCAGAGGUGGACCCUUAUGACAUAACGCAUUACUUACUGAAAGGCAGGAGGCUUCCCCAGCCACAGUACUGCCCUGAUCCACUAUAUCGCAUCAUGCUCCAAUGCUGGGAUCCUGAUCCAGAGCUCAGGCCCAGCUUUGCCACUCUGGUUUUGGCCGUCUCCACCAUCCUGUCGAGCCUGGAAGGAGAGCAUUACAUCAGCCUGAACAUCACCUACGUGAACCUGGACCAGCCGCGGCCGUACCCCGCUCUCACAGACUCCCCCGACGAGUACGACUCCACGGACGUCGAAGACUCCGGCUCAGACUCGGCCUCUUCCUGAGGCAGAAAACAAACAAACAAGCAAACAAAAAAACACUCACCUCUGACACAUUUGUGUGUUUUAUGUCAAAGCAGGAAAAACAAAGUACCUUCUUACUGUCUGAGGACAUGAAUGUGAUAGUAAGAGACUGCAGGUUACCUGAACAACACCAAAAGCUGUUAGUUUUUCUAUUUAAUAACGUAGAAACAUUAGUCAUGUCUCAAAGCUGCCUCUGUGGGUCAAAGUAUCAUCCUUUGUGUAUUUUGCAUACAGCAGCACCUCCAUAAGUCAGAAUUUCAUAAAAAAAUGAAAAUAAAAUUUUUUUAUUUAAAAUAAUUCAACACAAAAACUGAAACUCAUUUCACUCCCGGGUAUAUAUUUCAAGCAUUUAUUUCUCUUAAUGGUUGAUAAUUAUCAAAACAAAAAGAAUGACAUGGGUAUGCCCAGAGAAAUUAGUUGGUUGGUAAAUCGCACCAAUUUCCUUACAUUUUGGAGAUCAGUUGAUACUUACAUGUGAAACAGAUCAUAUUUUCAGCCCUCCACAAAUGGCUGAAAAUCAGCCACUGUCCCGUUUGCCUCUGCCAGCAUAUUUAGAAACUUUUCAGACAAAAAGAAAAACAAUCAGUAUUAGCCAAAAUCUGAAUCGGCAGGUCAGGCUUUCUAAAGAUAGGUGAUCGAACAGAAAAAUGCAAUUGGUGGAACCCUAGAACUGAAUGGUUGAAACCGAUCACUCUGUAUGUAAGGAUAUCUGAGUUUCCUCUUUGAGUUUAAAUUACUGAAAUAAAUGAAGAUUUCUGUGGUUUCAUAAUUGAUUGAGUUGGACCUGUUAAGCAUUUAUAGCUUAAUAAUGUUUGAUACAGUAGGAACAGACCUAUCUGUUCUGACAUAUUGCAGGGCAGAAUUGGGCCUCUAAACAUAGAAAUGUGUGAUUUCCACUGGUUGCAGAAUCUCAUAUUUUAGUAUCUAUCAAAAUUGAGUUUUCCUUCAAUGAUAAAUUUCAGCGAGGGGGAAGCUGACCCACACCAUCACACACAACCUCUGCCAAAAACGGUUUAGUAUUGGCAUAACGGCUUUCCAAUGAUAUAGAAUUGAUCACUAAUAAGCUUUAGGGGGACAUAAUUAACCAAACAUAAAUGUUCUGAUUUCUUGUGCUGUUUGUUACUCACCCGUUAACUAGCUGGCUAUCUAACUAGCCGACUAACACUGUUUUAAUGCUGCUAAACAUCACUAUAGAGUAGUUAUACAGUACAAGUUUAACACAUUACAGUAUGUAGUGCCAAUAUACCAACAAAGGAAAAAUAUGUUAGUUUGCCAACAAGUUCUUUAGCACAGUGAAGGCCUGUUGCAUCACACUGGCCUUUAAAUUCAGACUGCUUCUUACUUAGCUAGCUAAUGGUUAGCUUGAUGGCUUUUUUUAUAGGUUAGCCGCUCUUUGCCAUGUUUUUUUUUUUUUUAACAAAACUUCAAAUAAAAGUUAUUGUUAGUGCUAAGCAAAUAGUAUGGGAAUAUUUUUUACUUUGCUGUUUUCCUGUUAUUCGUGUCAAUAUGACGACUGUAGUUUCAGUUAUUCCACACAACGGCGAGUAAAAUAUUAUUUUACUAUGUGGUACACUUUUACCAUAGCGUCACGUUAAAUGCAUUCUUACAUUUUCUGUCUUUUUUUCAGUGUAAAUAAAAGAUGAGCAAGUUAGUCUGUUGAUAUUUCUGUCUUUGAAAUAGUGUAAUAAAAUAUUUAUUUGUUUGUA